AUGGAUAAGAUUGCAGUUUGGGGAUCAGAGAAGGGAGAAAUAGCAGUGCGGAAUGCCGAAGGGAGAUUAGGAGGUAUACUCACAAUGUGGAAUCCAGAAAAGUUUUCUGUAUCCAGCCAGUGGGAAGCUCCGGGGCUAGUGUUCGUGAAUGGUCUAUGGAAUUCUAAUUCAAGUAUCUUUUGUUGCUGCUCUAUCAAUGUUUAUGCACAACAAAGUCUACCGGAGAGACUUAUUUUGUGGGAUAUUAUCAGCUCGGUGGUAGAGCAAAAUGUGGAUUCUUGGAUCUGUAUUGGAAGGGAUUUUAAAUUAAUCAGGGAUACCCCAGAGAGAGCUCGGAGAAGCUUCAAUUUUCAUUCUAGGGAUAUUAUGGCUUUUGAUGGUUUUAUUAAAGAUAAUGAGUUGAUUGAUAUUCGCUUACAAGGCAUGAGAUUCACUUGGUACCAACCACAGGGAAAUUGCAAAUCUAAAUUGGAUAGAUUCGUAGUAAAUGAGAAAUGGUUGCAAUCAUGGCCACACACCAAGGUUGUUGGGCUUCCAAGAACAGUGUCAGACCACUGUCCUCUCUUGUUGGAAACAAAAUAUGUCGAUUGGGGUCCAAAACCCUUCUGUUUCAUCAAUUCGUGGACUAGCCAUCCCGACUUUGAAAAGGUGAUGCGUGAUUCUUGGAACAAAAGUGGAAUUCAGGGGUAG